AUGCUUCGAGGAACUACUUCCAACGUGCCCCUCUUCGGCAACCCUAAGAGACGCAAGCAGAAGCAGCAGAAGGAACAGGAGCAGAAGGACCAAGAAGAGAAGCUCCGUCAACAAGCUCUCGAGGAGGCCGAAUUUGCGACAAAGGCCGAGACAUCAGACUUCCUCCUAUACUACCUUGAGCGAUCACCCUUCAAGGACCAAUGCGACCAGAUUUCCAUCGCCUGGGAGAACCUACCCAGCCUGGGCGAGCUCGAGUCCUACGCCAAGCUCAACAAGACCUCCGGCACACAAGCUUGUCGCCGGCUAUUCAAGGCCGUUGUCAUCUGGGACGACCUUGGCCUCGACCUCUGGGAGACUCUUAACAGCACCCUCAAGCCUUCAAGCGAUGAGGAAGAGAGCGACGAUGACCUCCUUGACGAAAUCUGCGAGGAGCCCAUCGGUUGGGAUACUGCAAGCACUCGCCGGUCCCGCUCUCCCGCCAGUUCCAAAUCCUCCUCCUCUGAAACCUUCGUAUCAGAACGUUCACGUCAAGUGUCUGCCGAUAGUCACAGCCAGCGCGAGCGCAGCCGCGACUCACGCAAGACAGUUUCAACAAGAGAUCAGAGCACCAACGGAAGGGCGCCUCCACGGAGACCCAUGGGACUGCAGGGCGGUAUGAUCAGCGAGUACUACGACAGCCCCUCGCGAUACCGCGUACCCAAGAUCGUGCGAGUGCUCUAA